AUGUUGUUCCGAUCACUCCUCACGACCUCGCUACUAGCUGUCACAGCAUCAACCGCCCCUGCAGGAGAGUGCACCGCAGAUUUCCGAAGGAAAGGCUUGCGGUACCUCAUCCAAGCCUUCAUCCACGGCGUCGACGACGCAAGCUUCAAGCAGACUCCUCCUGCUGAUAACGUCACAUCCAUCAUUCUACUAUUGCUCUACGCAAUAUUGCGCGCCAUGCUGAUUCACUUCGAAAAGUUUAUAAAAUAG